AAAUCCCCUCAACAGAAACUCAGGAAGACGCGAAACACGUCUAGUAUUCUGUUGAAGCUCGCUGUCGCUGCGUUCCUCACAAGCGCUCCUCUUCUCUCUCGCACUAAAAUUCUGCUCAAUCCAAUUCCAACUUCUCUCUCCCUUUUGCCAUCCUCUCUCUCUCUCUCUCUCUCCUGUUUGCCAGGGUUUUCUCGUUGCGGACUGAUCUCAAUUCGUUGAAAUCCCGAUGGGUCGGAAGAAGGGAAGUGGUCGUGCGGACGACGAGAACCCGCCGCCUGCCGCGGGUGGGAAGUUGAAGAAGAAGGGUCUGGUUAUCGACGACGAUGAGUACUUUAUCGGAACGGAGCUCUCCGAGGAGCCCCAAGUUGAAGAAGAGAAGGUUGUGAUUACUGGGAAGAAUAAGGGGAAGAAGGGGAAAGCUUCCCAUCCUAAAGAGGAAGACGUAGAAAAGGCCGUGGAAGAGGAUGAAGACGAUGUUCCGGAAGUUGCUUUCGCCGGUAAGAAGAAUGGGAAGUCUAAGAAAGGCGGUGGGAAUAGCGUGUUCAGCACUUCGAGUUUCGGGUUGCUUGGAGAUGAGGAUAAUGACAAUGAUGUUGAUGAUGACGGUGAUGAUAAGAAUCAGAGCGAGGAGGAGGAGGAAGAUGCUCUGGUGGUGAGUUUUUCGGGGAAGAAGAAGCCUUCCAAGUCGAUGAAAAAGAGCGGCGGUAGUUUGUUUUCUGCAUCGGCUUUCAAUGCUAUUGAUGAUGAGGGUGAUAAUGAUGGAGAGGUGGUUAAUGUUUCAGUGGAUGAUAGUAAAGAAGUUGAGAAUGAUGAUGAGGUACUGGCUGUUGAGUUUACGGGGAAGAAGAAGAAGUCGUCAAAAGGUGGGAAGAAGGGCAGUAGUGUGUUUAGUGCGGCUAGUUUUGACACCCUCGAUGACGGGGAAGAGAAUGAGGAUGCUAAGAAUGAUGAGGAGGAUGCUGUUGCUCCGAUUAAUUUCUCAGGUAAGAAAAAGAAGUCGUCAAAGGGUUCGAAAAAGAGUGGCGGUAGUUCAUUUGAUGUGGUAUUGCUUGACGAGGGAAUUGAUGAAGAUGCCUCUGUAUCUGAAACGUCUGGAGUUGGUAAUAACACUUUGGAGGAUGAAGAUACUUCGGUGGUUUCAUUUUCGGGGAAAAAGAAAUCUUCUAAAAAGAAAAGCAACGUUACUUUUGCUAAAUUGAGUGGAGAUGUUGGGAAUGGGAGUGAAGUCAAAGAUGUGGUUGAACCUGAGCAAUCGAGACUGGGGACUAGUAAUGUUGCAGUUAAAAAGAGUGAAGAAGUAGUAGAAACUUCGAAGAGUAAAAAGAAGAAGAAAAAGAGUGGAAGAACUGCCGAAGAAGAGGAAGAUUUGGAUAAGAUACUUGCUGAGCUUGGUGAGGGGCUUUUGGUAUCACAACCUCCUGCUGCCACUGCUCCUCCUCCUCCUACACAAGAGGAGAAAGCUCAGGUUCAACCUGAAACAGCUGGUCCAGUUGAUGGUGAAAAAGAAGGCGAAGAAGAGAGUCUGGAGUCUGCUGCAGCGAAGAAAAAGAAAAAGAAGAAGGAGAAGGAAAAGGAGAAAAAGGCAGCGGCAGCAGCUGCAGCUGCAACAGGAAAGGAUGAAAUACCAGAUGGGACAAAAACAGAAGCAACGGAGCUGAAAAAGAAUGAAGCAAAGGGUAAAGCUGCAGAGAAGAAAAUCCCAAAGCAUGUCAGAGAGAUGCAAGAAGCGAUUGCUAGGCGGAAAGAAGCUGAAGAGAGGGCAAAGAGAGAAGAAGAAGAGAGGUUGAGAAAGCAGGAAGAAGAGAGGUUGAGGAAGGAGGAAGAGGAGAGGAAAGUGGAAGAGGCUAAGCGUAGGAAAAAGGAGAGGGAAAAGGAGAAGCUGCAAAAGAAGAGACAGGAAGGCAAGCUUUUGAGUGCGAAGCAGAAGGAAGAAGCUCGUAGGCUGGAGGCAAUGAGAAACCAAAUACUUUCUAAUGCAGGGGGUUUGCCUCUGUCUACUAGCGACACUAGUGCACCAACUAAAAGACCGUUGUACCAGAAAAAGAAGUCAAAGCCAGUGUGGCAUCAAGCAAAUGGUGCUGCUCCUGCUAAGGAGGUUGAAAAUGCAGAGGAAAAGGAAAGCCAGCAGGAGAUUGCGACGGAGGUGGAUUCCACAGAAUCAGAGAAGGUUGAAGAGACUGAAUCGGUUGAUGUGGAGGAGAAAUCUGAGGUUUCCGAGACAGUUAAGGAGAAUGAGAUGGAAGAUGAUGACGAUGAUGACGAAUGGGACGCAAAGAGCUGGGAUGAUGUCAAUCUUUCUGUGAGUGCAUUUGCUGAUGAAGAGGUUGACUCUGAGAGUAAACUUAUUGUGAAAAAAGAAUUGAAGAAGUCUGUAUCAGAUUCUCGGAAUGCUGACCGUCCUGCAGAUACCAAGCCAGCAAUCGCUGCUAAGAAACCAGUCCCAGCUGAACCAAUAAAAACUCAGGGUGAAAAUAAGAAGAAGCCUGCCGAGGUUGAAGUUGUUGACAAAAAUAGGAAAAAAGAUGCCACAGAGAAAAAGAAAGCACAAAAUUCAGAUGCUACAACCAAGCAUGAAGAAAACCUCCGAUCACCUAUUUGCUGCAUUAUGGGCCAUGUUGAUACUGGUAAAACCAAGCUAUUGGAUUGUAUCCGUGGCACUAACGUUCAGGAAGGUGAGGCUGGGGGUAUUACUCAACAAAUUGGUGCAACAUAUUUCCCUGCGGAGAAUAUACGUGAGAGAACCAAGGAACUAAAAUCUGAUGCUACGCUAAAGGUCCCGGGGUUGUUGGUUAUUGAUACUCCUGGCCACGAAUCCUUCACUAACUUAAGAUCACGGGGUUCAGGUCUAUGUGAUAUUGCAAUUUUGGUUGUUGACAUUAUGCACGGCUUAGAGCCCCAGACAAUAGAAUCACUCAACCUUCUGAAAAUGAGGAAUACAGAAUUCAUUGUUGCCUUGAAUAAGGUAGACAGACUCUACGGUUGGAAAUCCCGCCGUAAUGCACCGAUUGAGAAACAAUUGAGUCUGCAAUCUAAGGAUGUACAAAAUGAGUUCAAAAUGAGACUUUCUCAGAUUACCACCCAGUUCAAGGAGCAGGGAUUGAAUACUGAACUGUACUAUGAAAUGAAGCGUAAGGAUUGGGGGGAGACAUACUUUAUUGUUCCUACAAGUGCUAUUACUGGUGAAGGAAUUCCUGAUUUGUUAUUGCUAUUGGUAAAUUGGACCCAAAAAACUAUGGUUGAAAAACUUACAUAUAGUAAUGAAGUGCAGUGUACGGUAUUGGAGGUCAAGGUUGUUGAAGGUCAUGGGACAACUAUUGAUGUUGUAUUGGUUAACGGAGUGCUUCACGAAGGAGAUCAAAUAGUUGUUUGUGGCAUGCAGGGACCGAUUGCUACGACUAUUCGUGCCCUAUUAACACCGCAUCCAAUGAAAGAGCUCCGGGUUAAGGGAACGUAUCUGCAUCACAGGGAAAUCAAGGCUGCACAGGGAAUCAAGAUCACAGCUCAGGGCCUUGAUCAUGCUAUUGCUGGUACUGGUCUAUAUGUGGUGGGGCCUCAAGAUGACUUGGAAGAGAUCAAGGAAGCUGCCAUGGAAGAUAUGAAGUCAGUUAUGAGCAGGAUUGACAGAAGUGGUGAAGGAGUUUGUGUACAAUCAUCCACACUAGGUUCCUUGGAAGCAUUGCUGGAGUUUUUAAAGACACCGGAAGUGAAUAUUCCUGUUUGUGGUAUAAAUAUAGGCCCUGUACACAAGAAGGAUGUCAUGAAGGCCAGUGUGAUGCUAGAAAAGAAAAAGGAGUUUGCCACAAUUUUGGCUUUUGACGUCAAAGUAACGCCAGAGGCCCGCGAACUUGCAGAUGAGUUGGGCGUAAAGAUUUUUAUUGCUGAUAUAAUUUACCACUUGUUCGACCAAUUUAAGGCAUAUAUAGAUAACAUCAAGGAGGAAAAGAAGAAGGAAGCAGCUGAUGAUGCAGUAUUCCCCUGUGUUCUCAAGAUUUUACCAAAUUGCAUUUUCAAUAAGAAGGAUCCUAUUGUCUUGGGAGUUGAUGUUCUUGAGGGCAUUGCUAAGAUUGGAACUCUAAUAUGUAUUCCUCAAAGGGAUUUCAUUGAUAUUGGUCGCAUUGCUUCGAUUGAAAAUAACCAUAAACCUGUUGAUACAGCCAAGAAAGGGCAGAAGGUAGCCAUUAAGAUUGUUGGCAGCAAUCCUGAGGAGCAGCAGAAAAUGUUCGGCCGGCAUUUUGAGAUAGAGGAUGAACUUGUCAGCCAUAUCUCAAGAAGGUCAAUCGAUCUUCUGAAAGAUAAUUACCGAGACGAUCUAUCAAUGGAAGAGUGGAGGUUGGUUGUGAAAUUGAAGAACCUUUUCAAGAUACAAUGAGAAGUUUUCAGAUGAAACUCCACCGGAACAGAUAUUUAUAUUCAUAAAACUACAAGUGACUUGACAGACUUCUGUGCAUCUCUGAUAGAAGAUGCUGAAGUUUCUUCUGGAAAAUAUUUUGAUUCCUUUUGACAAGCAGCAAACUGAUUCUGAUAGGCAGAUGUCCAAACGCAAUCGUAUCCAGAGAGGGAACUGGAGUUCCAGUUUUUGUUGUGCCGGAAGCCAGUUUUGGGAAGGGAGUUCAAUCCUGGAAACAUCCUGGAUUCGUAUAAUUCAGUGCAUUUCUUCAACAAGCGAGUGAGCCAUUGCAGGAUUCAAAGAAAAUGCGUAAGAGCUGCUAUGGUCUGGGAGAAAAGAAGUUACUUUACUAUAUAUAUUUUAUUUUAAAAGCCUUUUGUUUUCAACUUUAAUAUGGGAGAUGUCAAUGUGUUUGUUCGUUUAUAAAAUUUAAUUUUUGAGAAAUUUACAGAAAUCCCCUUUCCUUUUGUAUUUUAA